UCGGCUUUCCUAUUGCAUUUGGCUUUGUUGUGGAUGCCAUGAAGAUGAAGUUUCACCUGCUCUUUUUCACUCUUUUUAUCUUGGUUCCAGAGAACCAUGUCUUCACUAUUCCAAGGGAUGAAGUUUUGUGGGCUCUCCCACAAACUGAUGAACAAGUUAAAGCUCUUCAGGACUUACUGAACACCUCUGAGGUCAUUCUCUGGCAACCUGUUGUGGUUGAAAACAUCAAGAAGGACAGAGAAGUCCAUUUCUAUGUCAGGGCAUCCAACAUAAAUAGCAUAAAAGCUCAGUUAAGGCAACUGACCAUCCAACACAAAGUCUUGAUGGGAGAUGUUCAAGGAAUUAUUGAAAAACAGACUGUCAAUGACACAAUCAAUGCUCGCGGAUCUUCCUCAUACUAUGAAAACUACCACUCAAUGAAAGAAAUAUAUCGUUGGAUGGAGGAAGUAGUGAAAGUCCACUCUGAUCUCCUCCAGAAAAUAUAUAUUGGAUCAUCCUAUGAAAAGCGACCGCUUUAUGUUCUGAAGAUUUCUAAAAGCACGGAAAAAUCAAAAAAUGCCAUAUGGAUUGACUGUGGUAUCCACGCUAGAGAAUGGAUUUCUCCUGCUUUUUGCCUGUGGUUCAUAGGUCAUGUAAUCCACGUGCGUGAGAGAGAUCAGAUCAUGACAACCCUUCUGGAGCACUUUGAUUUCUACAUCAUGCCCGUGAUAAACGUGGAUGGCUAUGAGUACACAUGGAGCCACCCCUCUAAUCGCCUGUGGAGAAAAAGCCGCUCAUCGCAUGGUAACAGCAAGUGCAUUGGUACUGACAUGAACAGGAAUUUUGAUGCACACUGGUGUGGUCCAGGAGCAUCUCACUCUGAAUGCCAGGAGAUUUACUGUGGACCCUACCCAGAGUCUGAGCCUGAAGUGAAAGCAGUGGCUCGCUUUGUCAGAGACCACAAAGACACCAUUAAAGCCUACAUAACCAUGCACUCCUACUCCCAGAUGGUGUUGUUUCCAUAUUCUUACACUAUGAACAAAAGCAAAGACCAUGAGGAGCUGGAAAGCCUGGCACAGAAAGCAGCUAAAGCUAUAAAGAGGACGACUUGGAAAACUUACAGACCUGGUGCUGGUGCACAAACAAUCUAUUUAGCUCCUGGAGGGUCUGACGACUGGGCUUACGAUCUUGGCAUUAAAUAUUCUUUUACCUUUGAGCUUCGUGACACAGGAACUUACGGAUUUUUGCUUCCUUCUCGAGAAAUCAAGCCAACUUCCUUAGAAGCACUUUCUGCUGUCAAAGAGAUAGCUCAACACGUUCUACAAAAUUUGUGAUGUUGAAUAUAAUUUAUUCCAGCAUGACUGCAAUUAGCUAUUUACAAAAAUGUAAUAAAAAAAAUCUUGCUCCUUUAUUAAAAUUCUUUCUACAUAGGCAAAACCCCAGAAUGACUGCACCCCAUGUAUUCUAGAACACAUCCACUUUUUUCAGCCAAACUUAUAGAUCUACAAUGGUAGCUCACUGCACAGGUAUAAUCGCGAGAGCACAGUGUAAGGGGAAAAAAGCACACAUGUCCCACGAUGGUGAGCUGAAAGUGUCUCUGACUGACACAGGGCACACUGGGCAGACUCCAUCCAUAGGAGAGAUUCCGCCAUUUAGGUCACUUGUGUUAUUAGAGGAUUUUGUUACAAGAGCACAACCCCACUUCUCCUGUCCGAUGCGAAGGAGGAAGGGUGUUCGCAGCAAGGCGAGGACACACAGGUGGCCAAACCACCGAGCGGCAGCUCCCCACAGGCUGCUCCACUACAAUCAGCCAAGUCCACCCUGCAGCCAAGGGAUUUUUGCAGCACAGCACUGGCCUGAAGACUCUGUAAGACCUUUGUAAGGUGACAGGACAAGGGGCGAUGCUUUUAAACCAAAAUUGGGCAGGUUUAGAUUGAGAAAGGUUUUAUUUACAAUGAGGGUGGUGUGGCGCUGGCAUAGGUUGCCCAGAGAGGUGGUGGAUGCCCCAUCCCUGGAAACAUUUAUAGACGGGUUGGAUGGGGCUCUGAGCAAGCUGUUCUAGCUGAAGAUCAUGGAAACACAGAUUCAGUGAGGUUGGAAAAGACCUCUGGGAUCACUGAGUCCAAGAUAGAAUCCAACACCACCCUGUCAAUCAGACCAGGGCACUGAGUGUCACCUACAGUAUUUCCUUUAACAAAUUUCCUUUAAAGUAUUUCGUUUAAAACUUAUAAGUUUUCAGCUACAGAGACUCCACCACCUCCCUAGACAUCCAUUUCAAUGUUUAAUCAUCGUUUUUUGUCUGGCAUUUCUUCCAGGUGUUCAACUUGAACUUCCAUUAGCGCAGCUUAAUACUCGGUCUUCUCGUCCGAGCAGUCUCGUCCUGUUACUUGCUGCCAGGGAGAAGUGACCGCUCCCACCAGACUAAAUCUCCUUUCAGGUGGCCGUAGGGAGCGAUAAACUCGCCCCUCAGCCUCCUCCAGGCGACACGUCCCCAGCCCCUCCACCCA